CUCCUGCAAUGCAGACUCCUGCGAUUCCACGAUUCCUUCUUCCAAGACUCACCUGGAGUCGGCGGGUCCUCCACCCAACCGGUGUUAGAAGCCUCUUGGAGGCUAAUCGGCGUCGAGCCCCGCCUCCGGCAACUCAACAAUUCACGCGCGCGCAAUCUACCUUUACCACGAAAACCGUUCCGUUUAUUAUAUUGCAUAGGUGUCCACGAUUGCAAAUUCUAUCUUCGCUAGGCCUGCCGGUUUUCGAAUUUCGACGGAGCUUCACUGCUACCGCUGCUCCGGCGCGAGACCACCAUUUCGAUACGCUCAAGUGUGUGCAGCGAUUGAAAGAUGAGGGAUUUACAGAAGAACAAGGGGAGGCUGUGAUGAGAGUUCUCAGCGACGUAAUUGAGGAGAGCAUACAGAACCUUACCCGAACCAUGGUUCUCCGUGAAGACCAGGAAAAGGCGGCAUACACCCAGAAAGUCGACUUUGCGAAGUUGCGCUCCGAACUCAUGACUGCGGACUCGACGGAGUCCUCCCUUACCCGUGCAUCCCAUGAGCGAUUGACAAACGAGCUGGCCAAGUUGAACUCGCGGCUACGGGACGAGAUACAGCGGACACAGGCGUCGGUUCGAUUGGACCUCAAUCUUGAGAAGGGUCGCAUACGAGAGGAGGCCAAUGUGCAGGAGCUGAAGAUCAAGGAGACAGAGACACGCAUCGAGCAGGAGACGGCGCAACUGCGGGAGAGGCUUGAGGCAGUCAAGUUCUCAACACUCCAGUGGCUGAUGGGCGUUUGCACGGGAACUGCGGCUCUUAUGUUGGGUGUUUGGCGUUUGCUGAUGUGAAG